AAAACAGCCCUGCAUAAUAAACUCAUUCUCUUCCUUGGGGCCGGCUGCGUGGAAGGGGCUGGGGCAGGCCGUUCCCCAAACAGCCGGCUCUCGCCUGUGUAGCAUCCCUGGCUGUAAUUGAACUUUUCCUGGAAGGGUUGGAGCAACUUGAAACUCUCGAAUCCGCCUGACACCAUGCAGCUGGUGCUACCCAUCGCUGUGAUUCUGGUGGCUUUAUCUGUUGUGACAGACUCGGCUGAGAUUCCAGUGCCGGAACGGUCCGUCUCUCAGAAGUUUGAGAAGUUCCAGGAGGAAUUUCAGACCUUCAUGGAUGACGUGGGAGAGAAAGCCAGGGGGGCCUUCCGCGACCUGCACAAUAGCGAACUUGUGAACAAGACCAGAAACUGGUUCACCGAAAACUUCCGGAAGAUGAAGGAAAAGUUCAGGACAACCUUUUCCAACGGGGAAACUAACUGAAGGCGCGCUUCUGAACAGAGAGGGAAGAUGUACCCUCCCGAUCCCCAGACGCGUCUCUGACUGAAAAGAAACCACACAGCACCCCAAAAGAAACUGUCAAGAAGUAACUUCUGCCCCUCCUGAAGACUCUCGAGGGGCAUCUGUACUAUGCCCCACUGUUCCCCUGUUUUCUAUUUUUUGUUAUACUUUUAUGGCUUUCGUUUAUCAGAAGCAAAUAAACGUUUAAAAAGCCUC